ACUGAGGCAGCGAGAAACACAGGAGCUAAUACUCCGGGGCGACGACAGCCUUGCUUAACAUACGUACAAACAUAUGCUCCACCCUAAACCCAGUCUACAGAGAACAAGGAGAUUUGGAUGAUAUGUUGAACAGUUAUCUGCCAGUGCUGUUUUUGAUUUUUUGCUCUUCGAGGAAAGGACCGAUGGACCAGAUGGUUUGAAGCGACAAGAAAAACACUCCCCCACACAACCUGCACAUACAGUGCUGGUUCAUACUCGCAGACACAGUCACACUACAUAUAGUUCUCUUCCAGCUUCAAGGUGUUAUAAAGGUGCUUUGUUGUCUUUUGUUUUCAUUUUUUGUAUAAGGCUCUGAAUAAGGAUACCACUGACGGUUCGGCCAUUUUCAGGAAGAGGAGGAUUUAGAAAGAAGAAUGACAUCAGACGGAAUAAAAACUGUUGUGAGAUCAUUACCAUUGAGGACAAAGACUUCUGCAUGAGAUGUAGACAAAGUGCUGUCAACCAUCAGUCUGAAGGUUACAUUGAAUCAUUCUUCAAGUCCAGCAAACGAACAUCAAGGACACAUGGACCUGAUCUCUUUGUCUUUGUGAUCGUGCUCAUGAAUUCUUUCGUCGCUUUUCUUGUGCCGAUUUCCGACGAAGAGAAAUGAUGACAAAACACCAACGAGGCGUCAAAAGCACAAUUACCACGUAAAUUAAGUUCUUACCAAGAGCUUGUGCAACCGGGACUCGGACACCUUCCAGAUUUACGUGAAAACUCGAGUGAAAGUAUCAGCUUGGAGUCGCGUUCAGUUCGGUUCAUAUUAAGUUCCGUGUCGGAUUACAUGCAACCAUUUCAAUGGUGUAACGGCUGCCUUUGUGGAGUAGGACUGCAGCGUUCAGACUGCGAUAUGUCGUCCGAGGAUCUGUACCACCUGCCUCUCAACGUCUACGUCAUUGUGCUGGGCAUUGGCCUGUUCAUCUUUAUGCUCAGCGUCAUCUUCUGCUGCUAUCUGUUCAGGUUGAAGCAACAAGACACAAGACAGCAAUAUAGCUACAAUGAGGUUGUGCUGAAAGGGGCAGGAAAGAAGCUGAGCCUUCUAGGACAGCCCUGUGCAGUUUGUCUGGAGGAAUUUAAAGCUCGUGACGAGCUGGGUGUGUGUCCAUGCUCACACACUUUCCAUAAGAAAUGCCUUUUGAAAUGGCUGGAGAUCCGGAGCGUUUGCCCCAUGUGCAACAAACCCAUCAUGCGAUUACACAACCCAGCACGUGGCGCAGAGGGGCCACAAGACCCUGAAGAAGUGUGACCCACUGAAAAUUUUAACAACUUUAAAAAACUCUGCCUCAGGGCCAUGUUUAUCAUCUUAAGUACUGCCGCUGUUGGAGCACACAAGAUCCCACCGCCACCACUGGAGGAUUAAAUACAAGCCACUGUGUUCACCAACCAGUAGCACCCGAUUGCACCGAUCUAGGCAACAGUGAUGUUCAGUGAAGGUAGGAUGUGCACCACUGUUGAUCAAAACAAGGUGUAACUAGGCAGGUAUGGUAUGGAUGCAUGAGAAUCAGUCUGUGAUAGCCUUAAGGCUAUUGAUGGUAAAUAAAAUGUGUUGUCUGUUUGACUGGUACCGCAAGUCUUUAACAGGCCUUGUUUAGUGCUUCAAAGUAAUAAAAUAAAAUCUAAAUAUGAAUAUAGAUACACAGCAGUUAAACCCUACUUCCCAUUAUUGAAUGUAUAAGGAUCUCUGUUGCCACUUUUCUUAUUUUGUAUGGCUUGAUGGUUUUUAAAUAAAAUUGUGUUU